CCUCCCUCUCCCCCCUCCCCUUAGCAACAGAGGCAACAUGGCGGCGUCCAGUACCGCGGAGCAUUCUCCAGAGAUAUCGACGCCGUUAAAGAUACCCAAAACCGAGGUGCCAUCCCCCGAGUCGGAAGACCUGAGUGACAGUAAUCAAUACCACUCCAAUCCCUCGACACCUAACCGCUUCUCGCCUUUGAACGUGGGCUCAGGGACCGCGGGCCGGACGGCGGCCUCAUCCUCCUCCAACAGCUUCACGGCUUGCCGAGGGAUGUCGUGGACCCCGUCCGAAACAAACGCCCUCAUCGCGGUCUGGGGCAACGAGAGGCUGACGGAGGCGAGGAUGCAGCAGCUGGAGGUCGCAGGCACCGUCUUCUCCGGUAAGGCCCCCGGCCCUGCCAUGUACGAGCGGGUGUCCAGAGCCUUGUCGGAGCUGGGAUACGAGAGGACCCCGUCCCAGUGCAGGGAGAGGAUGAAGACGCUGCGGCGCUGCUACAGCCGCGUGAAGGAGCACGGCAUCGGCAAACGGAAGAGCAGCUACACUAUAGAGCAGCUGGAGAAGGUGUUUGGUCAGGGAGGCUGGGACUCCCAGAGUUGUGCCCCGGUGCUGAUCAACAGCAGCGGGCUGUAUCAGGAGAUGGAGUCUGAUGGCAGCACCCUGGAAGACUUUUCCCAGGAGGACUGGUGCAACCAGGUGCUGGACUCGGCCUUCCAGGAGGGAGACAUGGAGACUGAAGAAACCCAGGUGCCUAAAAACCGAGCUCUGCAGAUUCAAAUAGAGCUGACCGAACAAAUCCAAAAAAGGGACACGAUGCAGACUGUGACGCGUAUCCUUGAGUCGGUGCAGCUGCAAUGGGAGCCCUUCCAGACAUGGACCGAGUUCUCCCGGCUGCACCUCUCCAACAAACUGGCCAUCUUUGGCGUGGGCUACAACACGCGCUGGCGCGAGGACGUGCGCUACCACUACGCCGAAAUCAGCUCGCAGGUGCCGCUGGGCAAGAGGCUCCGCGAGUACUUCAACCCAGAGAAGCCAGAAGGCCGCAUCAUCAUGACCAAAGUUCAGAAGAUGAACUGGAAGAACGUCUACUACAAGUUCCUGGACAUUACCAUCAGUGAGGCGCGCUGCCUGGAGCUGCACAUGGAGGUGGACUGGAUCCCGGUGUCCCAGUCCAGGGCAGCCGGCUGCAGCAAGGGCACAUCCCACUACCUCCUCCCUGGGGACCUUCCCAAGGCGUAUGGACUCUACGCUAUUGGCUACGAGGCAGUGGCAUCCCCUAACAACACGGCUCACGUCUUUCCCCAGGGGGAUGGUGAAGACCACAGUUCACCUCAGUGCUCUGAGAACGGGGAACAAAGUCAGGCUGAUGGAGAAGGGGCAGAGAGAUGUGACAGGACCGGGGCUAAAGUCACGUACUGCUACCUAGGCAUAGCGGAGGACAGGACCAUACAGCAGAGUCUCUUCCAGCACUUCCAGGGCUACGGCAAACACUAUGUCCACCACGGGGUACCCUCCGCCAUCACGCGUUUCCUGCAGGAGAACUGCCACGGCGACGUCACACAUGUCCAGAAUGGGGAGGGAGGCGAGGACUCAUCUCAACGUUUUGCUAUUUUCAUAAAAUACAUUGAGGUGGAGCUGGACUUCCUUUCAGCAGGCUCCCUGGUGGAGUGCCUCGAAACUGCUGCAGGUUAUUCCUUGAAAUACAACAACAAAGAAACGUCGUAACUACACUCCCAGCGUUUUCAGAUUUGUGUUUACUAAAGAUAUAAUUAACAAGUCUUACAGCCC